AUGGAUGAACGCUUCUCCCUCUCUUUCACGGAUGCCAUGGUUGUAAUCCAGACAGGUGUUUUAUACAACAGCCUUCUGUGUUCUCUUAUCGAAUCCCUGCGCAUUUGCAAUCAAACGCCUGAAUUUUCUCCAUCUCCUUAGCUAUCAUACUCUGCUUCCACUGGGCAUUCCACUGAUUUCAAAACUCGGUCCUCCAGAAAGUGGAGAGCCUUAGCAACACUUGUGCUGUUCUUUGUGAUAUCUUUCCAAAAAGCCGCUUUAGAACGGAUUACCUACAGACCGAAGCAUGCUACAUGGCAGACAAAUCCGAACUCAUCUCUCGGCAUGUCCAGCCCAUCCAUUAUCUCAGCCAAUCAUGACUAGCGGGAAGGUUUGUGUCUUUUUCCAUGGCUAAACAAACUAGUCUCGUAAAUUAACUAUUGUAUUCGUAUUUACAGAUGGCAUACAUGUAUGUUUUUAGGGAACAUGAAAGUUCACAAGUUCCAGAAGGCAUUUCUGCCAAAAAACGCAUUUUGAUAAAAAAAUUAAAAUUACGUUCAAAUGCCUUUCCUGUGAAGUAGUGACACGCGAAUAUGCCUAGUUUCCUGAAACUAGUCACAUAUGACUACAGGUUCAUCUGCCUGACCUAAAGCCCAUUCUGAAAGGAAGCUGCUAUAGACCACUAAGUGCUUACAGUCAGUAAAAUAUAAUAAAUAAAUAUGCCAUUUAGCAGACGCUUUUAUCCAAAGCGACUUACAGUCAUGCGUGCAUACAUUUAUUUAUUAUUAUUAUUAUUUAUUUUUUUGUGUAUGGGUGGUCCCGGGGAUCGAACCCACUACCUUAGCGUUACAAGCGCCGUGCUCUACCAGCUGAGCUACAGAGUAUCUGGAUAAUAUGUGUGAAAUGCUUGGUAAUGUACUGUAUACCCCAACAUACCUGCCACCAGAGGUCUCUUCACAAUCCCUAAGUCCAGAACAGACUAUGGGAGGCACACUGUACUACAUAGAGCCAUGACUACAUGGGACUCUAUUCCACAUCAGGUAACUGAUGCAAGCAGUAGAAUCAGAUUUAAAAAACAGAUAAAAAUACAUCUUAUGGAACAGCGGGGACUGUGAAGAACACACAGACACGCAUACGCACACACACGCUAGCACACACACUCUACACACACGUACAUUGUAAUAUUGUUGUACAUUUUGUAUAGUAGAUAUAUGAUGUAACAAUGUUAUAUGAUGUACUGUUUUAUCUUUUGUUUUAUGUGUGAUGUAAAUGCCUUAAUGUGUUUGGGCCCCAGGAAGAGUAGCUGCUGCCUCGGCUGCAUCUAAUGGGGAUCCCUAAUAAAUAAAUGCAAAAGAUGUGUCUGUGUCCCAAAUGGCACCAUAUUCCCUUUUUAGUGCACUACUUUUGACAAGGGCCCAUUUUUGGGACCCAGCCUAAAUCAAUGGAGCACAUCCUCUCUUAAGCAUUGAGGGUGUGUGUGUGUGUGUGUGUGUGUGUGUGUGUGUGUGUGUGUGUGUGUGUGUGUGUGUGUGUGUGUGUGUGUGUGUGUGUGUGGUAUGUGCUGAGGGUACACUCCAAAAAAUGUUGGCGCUGGGUAAAUAUUGGACAGAACCCACAGUGGGUUAUUUUGACCAAGCCAGUUGGUUCGCAUGAAUAACCCAACAUGUUGGGUUGUUUGGAUUACCCAGACAACCAUCAGUUGGGUUUGUAUUCACCCAGCAGCUGUGUCUUUUUUAAGGUAUUCCAUAGCUUAUUUUCAGGAGACAUGACCUAUUAGGGGCGUGGCUUUCAGAUAGUUAUUUUUGGCCACCAGUGAGAGGAAAUGUUUAUGUUAACUUUGUACAGUACAAAUGUAUAUUUCCCUUCAAUAUUUAUGCACAUUACAUAUUUUAAUAUAAAAUUAAUAACAUUAUUAUUUACAUAAUGUAACAAAAUGGUAGCUAUCCCAACAUUGAGAUAUGCAAAAGCUCUUAAAGAACUCAUACACAUGUGUAAGCCUCAUUAAAGCUACAAAAGUGUCAGUGUUCAACCUUAGCAUGUAAUAACUAUACAACAUAACUGAUGAACCGGAAUUACAUUUACUCUCACGGGUGGCCAAAAAUAACAAUCUGAAAGCCACGCUCCGACUAAGCCCAGCCUUCAAUCUUCUGAUCUGAGCCGCUGGGUCAUAUCUCAAUAACCCAGCAUCAAUAACCCAGCAUCAAUAACCCAAUCUUGCUCUUUUUAAGAAAACAUCCCAGCUAAGUGACCCAAUGCAUGCAACCGAGCAGUUGGGUCAUCCAAACAACCCAGAAUUGUUUAGAGUGUAGGACGACUAGAAAACACUGGGGGCUAAACACACACCAAUGUCCAUUUCUAUGUGUAGCUGGUUGCUUUUGCAUUUUUUGUCCUCUUGCUCUUCUUACUGGUUGAAUUGGACUAUAGUGCUGCGAUAUUUAAAUGGAUGAUGAUGUGUAUUUAUCUGUGUGUGUGUGUGUGUGUCUGUGUGUGUGCGUGCUUGUGUGGUGUCCAGCUGAACUACGCAGAGUCCAGGCUGACCCAGCUGGAGGGCUGCCGCUGUGAGAGGACGUGCAGUGCCAACGGUGUGGUCUACAGAGACAAGGAGCUGUGGGUGGAGCCAGAGAACUGCAGGAACUGCGGCUGCAUGGUGGGCAUCCCACCCCUCACACAGAUACAAAAGUCAAUACUUUCACCUCACACUAGUCAAUUUGUAUAUUUUUGUGAUAUUCAAUUCAGUUCAAUUUACAAAAUAAAAAAACAUUUAAACAUGUACAAUGUUUCAAUAGGCUCUAUGCACGCAUCACUUCCGCAUUGGUGUAAGGAAGUUUGAGGUUUUCCGGUUACCGGAAAAAAAUAUUAGACAGUGACAGUAGACCGUUAUGAUGGCAGAGAAGAAGUUUACAAGGUGUUUGCUGGAGUUGCCUAAAGUAUCUGUUAAUGAUAUAUGGAGGGUCGUCCGGACAUCCAGUACGACACCACGUAGCAAACUCUUUGCAACUUUGAAGGUAAUAUGCUAACACUAGCUAGCCUGAGCUAGAAGCCUUGCUUUGGUGUUUUAAGUCAUGACUCCGUCCUGCUUCGGGUUAAUCAUGCUUUAAAUAAAGUUGAAUCAUGUGUAUAUACCUCUCACUUCAUGUGUUUGUACUUUUAUGAAAAUAUCAGGUAAAAACAGGGCUACAAAUGAGAUCUCUGUGAGAUCCCACUGCUACCACUCAAUGAAGAAACUAAAGCCACCACACCAGCUGAGAGUAGGACUAGAUUAAGUGACACGUUCAAAGUUCUGUUGAACUUGUUCAAGGUUCCGUUCAACACGUUUUAUUCGUUUAAUGUUACCACAUCUUUGAUUGCCAUUGCUAAGAGAACACUUUAGAACUUUAGUGGUUUUCACGAUAGCUGAACAGUGGUGGCCUAAUACAGACCAGGGUAACUAAGUGGGAAUUGCCAUGCUUUGUUGUUGGGUCUGUUGUAAACAAAUUGGAGUUUGGUUUGAAAUGUAAACAAUAAUGAGAUUACUAUUUUUUCCUGACUUGAUGACUACAAUGACAGUAACAUAUUCCACUCAGCUAUUCUUCAAACUGCUGAUGUUCUACUCAAAACUGUCCUGUCAUCUUUACUUCUUUCUUUAUAAACAUAUGGCCCAACUUCCUUGCUUUUGUAAUUCCUCACUUUUGAAUGUUUCGGUACCUACUGGAGAGCUCUUCUUUGUCUACACCCAUUCAGCAUCGUUCACACCCUCUGAAGAUUUAGCCCCACCCAUCUCUUUAAGGAUUCACAUGUGAGGCUAUGUACUAAACAACCAAACAUUUCAAGACUAAAGGCUAGCUUAUACUACGGGUGUGUUCGUAAAUACAAACUGGAGUGCCAGAGUGUGCUCUGGUCAUUCGUAAACUCAGAGCGUUGUCAGAUUGUCCGUUCGUAAAUUCAGAGCGUUUCUUUCUCAGUGCAUUCAGAGCGCACACUGGACGCUCUGGCCGAGGAGUAGGGUUGAUCCGAGCGUUCUGACCUAGCAACAGCAGUCAAGCAGUCAAGACGUUGGUUAGCUUGCUAGUUACUUCCAGACAAAAAUGAGAGAACAGCUCACUCUGACCAUUUUACUCACCCUAGCAGAGCUGGUUGGGCUGUUAUUAUGUUAUCCAGAGCAUUGGUGACAGCAAAUGUGCUGCUGGCAAAAAUUUAAUCAAGCUUUUUUGCCAACGUUUACGGACACCGGCCAUAUUCAACGGGUGUUGAGCGUUCGUAAAUUCGUCAGUUAUUCUGCGCUCUGGCACACUCGGACGAGAGUGCUCUGAAAUCGGAGUAGAUAGCCAGAGGAAAUGUACCAGCUACGUCUAUCGACAGUUGUCGCAGUGACAUCAUAAACAUUCUAUUGAAAUAGUUACAGUGAGGGGAAAAAAGUAUUUGAUCCCCUGCUGAUUUUGUACGUUUGCCCACUAACAAAGAAAUAAUCAGUCUAUAAUUUUAAUGGUAGGUUAAUUUGAACAGUGAGAGACAGAAGAACAAAAAGAAAUCCAGAAAAACUAAUGUCAAAAAUGUUAUAAAUUGAUUUGCAUUUUAAUGAGGGAAAUAAGUAUUUGACCCCUCUGCAAAACAUGACUUAGUACUUGGUGGCAAAACCCUUGUUGGCAAUCACAGAGGUCAGACGUUUCUUGUAGUUGGCCACCAGGUUUGCACACAUCUCAGGAGGGAUUUUGUCCCACUCCUCUUUGCAGAUCUUCUCCAAGUCAUUAAGGUUUCGAGGCUGACGUUUGGUAACUCAAACCUUCAACUCCCUCCACAGAUUUUCUAUGGGAUUAAGGUCUGGAGACUGGCUAGGCCACUCAAGGACCUUAAUGUGCUUCUUCUUGAGCCACUCCUUUGUUGCCUUGGCCGUGUGUUUUGGGUCAUUGUCAUGCUGGAAUACCCAUCCAUGACCCAAUGUCAAUGCCCUGGCUGAGAGAAGGAGGUUCUCACCCAAGAUUUGACGGUACAUGGCCCCGUGCAUCGUCCCUUUAAUGCGGUUAAGUUGUCCUGUCCUCUUAGCAGAAAAACACCCCCAAAGCAUACUGUUUCCACCUUCAUGUUUGACGGUGGGGAUGGUAGUCUUGGGGUCAUAGGCAGCAUUCCUCCAAAUCCAAACAAGUCGAGUUGAGUUGAUGCCAAAGAUCUCCAUUUUGGUCUCAUCUGACCACAACACUUUCACCCAGUUCUCCUCUGAAUCAUUCAGAUGUUCAUUGGCAAACUUCAGACGGGCCUGUAUAUGUGCUUUCUUGAGCAGGGGGACAUUGCGGGUGCUGCAGGAUUUCAGUCCUUCACGGCGUACUGUGUUACCAAUUGUUUUCUUGGUGACUAUGGUCCCAGCUUCCUUGAGAUCGUUGACAAGAUCCUCCCGUGUAGUUCUGGGCUGAUUCCUCACCGUUCUCAUGAUCAUUACAACUCCACGAGGUGAGAUCUUGCAUGGAGCCCCAGGCCGAGGGAGAUUGACAGUUCUGUUGUCUUCUAUUUGCGAAUAAUCGCACCAACUGUUGUCACCUUCUCACCAAGCUGCUUGGCGAUGGUCUUGUAGCCCAUUCCAGCCUUGUGUAGGUCUACAAUCUUGUCCCUGACAUCCUUGGAGAGCUCUUUGGUCUUGGCCAUGGUGGAGAGUUUGGAAUCUGAUUGAUUGAUGGCUUCUGUGGACAGGUUUCUUUUAUACACGUAACAAGCUAAGAUUAGGAGCAUUCCCUUUAAGAGUGUGCUCCUAAUCUCAGCUCGUUACCUGUAUAAAAGACACCUGGGAGACAGAAUUAUUUCUACUUAUUUCCCUCAUAAAAAUGCAAAUCAAUUUAUAACAUUUUGGACAUGCGUUUUUCUUGAUUUUUGUUGUUGUUAUUCUGUCUCUCACUGUUCAAAUAAACCUACCAUUAAAAUUAUAGACUGAUCAUUUCUUUGUCAGUGGGCAAACAUACAAUAUCAGCAGGGGAUCAAAUACUUUUUUCCCUCACUUUACUUUUAUAGUGGAGUCUUGUUUAGACAUGUAGCUAGCUAGCUAAACAAUUAACCAUAAUCCCAACUCAUAUUGUUACUACCCUGCAUGAAUAUGCAGGAAGCUAACCAACCAGGUUCAAUGUUAGCUAGCUAACAUUAGGCUAUAACUAGCAAUGCAAAUGGCUCUGAGAUACGAAUAAUAUUACUACACAGAUCAUAUACAUAACGUUAGCUAGCUAGCCAGCCAGCUAUCGUUAGCAACCUAGCUUAGAGUACACUUUAACUUUAAAUGAAAACGACUUUCUGACAGAAUUAGAAAUGUGUAAUAUCUGAAAACGUAGCUAGCUAGACUCUCUUACCCGUAUACAUGGAUUAACUCUUCUCCCUCUCUGUCACGGAUGCCAUGGUUGCCCUUAGACAGGGUUUUUUUUACACAACAGCAUUCUGUGUGUUCUCUUUUUGACUCCGUCUGCAUAUUUGCAAUCAAAUGCCAGAAUUUUCUCCAUCUCCUUAGCUAUCAUACUCUAAUUCCACUGAUUUCAAAACUCGGUCCUCCAGAAAGUGGAGAGCAACACUUAUGCAGUUCUACUACAUGAUAUCUUUCAAAAAAGCUUGUUAGAAAGGAUUACCUACACAUAUUGACCAGCUCAUAUUAUAGACAGAAGUGGGCUACAUGGCAGACCAAGGUUGGUGUCUUUUUCUGUGGCUAAGCCAACUAGGCUCGUAAUUUAACAAUUGUAUUGCAUGCAAGUUUGUUAUUAAUUAUGUUCCAGAAUGCAUUUCUGCCAAAAAACGCAUUUUGAUCAAAAUGAUAAAAAAACUUUCCAAUGGCACUCCUGUGAAGCAACAUACACCUAGUUUCCUGAAACAAGUCACAAAUAAUGAUAAUUAGGAACAGUAAACAAUAAAUAACAAUAUAUAUAUAUUUAGUAUUUCUUCUCCCUUCUCUUUCUCUCAUUCUUUCUCUAUUUCGUCGCAAAAGCUAAUGAGCUUAAUUGUGUCCACAACAAGGACAAUGUAAUAGGGUUCAAUAUGAUAUAAUGAGAUAAUGUAAUAUGAUGUAAUAUACUAAAAUAGGAUAUAACCUAAUAUUGAACACAGGUACAAUACCUGCCUCAGGGUAUACAGUAUAAGCCUCUCUCUUGUUUGCUCUUUCCCUCUCUCUCGCUCUCUCUCUCUCUCUAUCUCAUCUCAGCUCUCGCUUGUUCUCUCUCUCUCUCUCUCUCUCUCUCUCUCUCUCUCUCUCUCUCUCUCAAUUACAUUAAAUUAAAUUCAGGCUUUAUUGGAAUGUCAAACAUAUGUUUACAUUGCCAAAGCAAGUGAAAUAGAGAAGAAACAAAAGGGAAAUAAACAAGGGAAAUAAACAAUCAAAAUGAACAGUAAACAUUACACUCACAAAAAUUGUAAAAGAAUAUAGACAUUUCAAAUGUUAUAUUAUUUGCAAUGUUGUAAACAUGUGCAAAUAGUUGAAGUAUUAAAGGGAAAAUAGAUAAACAGAUAAAUAUAGGUUGUAUUUACAAUGGUGUUUGUGCUCCACUGGUUGCCCAUUUCUUGUAGCAACAGUUCACAAAUCAUUCUGCUGUGGUGGCACACUGUGGUAUUUCACCUAAUAGAUAUGGGAGUUUAUCAAGAUUGGAUUUGUUUUCAAAUUCGUUAAUGGUCUUUGUAAUAUGAGGGAAAUAUGUGUCUCUGAUAUGGUCAUACAGUUGGCAGGAGAUUAGGCAGUGCAGCUGAGUUUCCAUCUCAUUAUGUGGGCAAUGGGCACAUAGCCUGUCUUCUCUUGAGAGCCAGGUAUGCUGAUGGCGGCUUCUCUCGAUAGCAUGCUCACUGAGUCUGUACAUACACUAGUCAAAGCUUUCCUUAAUUUUGGGUCAGUCACAGUGGUCAGGUAUUUUGAUAAUAUGUACUCUCUGUUUAGGGCCAAAUAACAUUCCAGUUAGCUCUGCUUUUUUGUGGAUGCUUUCCAAUAUGCCAAGUAAUUAUCUUUUUGUUUUCUCAUGAUUUGGUUGGGUCUAAUUGUGUUGCUGUCCUGGGGCUCUGUGGGGUCUGUUUGUGUUUGUGAGCAGAGUCCCCGUUCCAGCUGGCAGAGGGGACUCUUCUCCAGGUUGAUCUCUCUGUAGGUGAGGGCUUUGUUAUGGAAGGUUUGAGAAUCACUUAUUUUUAGUUGGUUGUAGAAUUUAAUCGCUCUUUUCUGGAUUUUGAUCAUUAGCGGAAAUUGUCCUAAUUCUGCUCUGCAUGCAUUAUUUGGUGUAUUACGUUGUACACAGAGGAUGCUUUUGCAGAACUCUGCAUGCAAUUUGGUGUUUGUCCCAUUUUGUGAAUUAUUGGUUGGUGAGUGGACACCAGACCUCACACCUAUAAAGGGCAAUAGGUUCUAUAACUGAUUCAAAUAUUUUAAGCCAGAUCCUAAUUGGGAUGUCAAAUGUUAUGUUCCUUUUCAUGGUGUAAAAGGCUCAAAUUGUAUAUUCCUUUUCGUGGCGUAGAAGGCCCUUCUUGCAUUGUCUCUCAGAUCAUUCAAAGCUUUGUGGAAGUUACCUGUGGUGCUGAUGUUUAGGCUGAGGUAUGUUUCGUUUUCGUGUGCUCUAGGGCAACAGUGUUUAGGUGGAAUUUGUAUUUAUGGUCCUGGCAACUGGACCUUUUUUGGAACACCAUUAUUUUUGUCUUACUGAGAUUUACUGUCUGGGCCCAAGUCUGACAGAAUCCGUGCAGAAGAUCUAGGUGCUGCUGUAGGCCCUACUUAGUUGGGGACAGAAGCACCAGAUCAUCUGCAAACAAUAAACAUUUAACUUCAGAGUCUAGUAAGGUGAGGCCGGGUGCUGCAGACUGUUCUAGUGCCCUCGCCAAUUCAUUGAUAUAAAUGCUGACGAGGGUGGGGCUCAAGCUGCAUCCAUGUCUCACCCCCCGGCCCUGAGGAAAGAAAUCUGUGUGUUUUUAAAUAAACGUUUACUGCACACUUGUUGUUUGUGUACAUGGAUUUUAUAAUGUUGCAUGUUUUCCCUCCAACACCGCUUUCCACCAAUUUAAAUAGCGGAACCUCAUGCCAAAUUCAGUCAAAAGCAUUUUUUGAUAUCAACAAAGCAUGAGAAGACUUUGCUUUUGUUUUGUUUUGUUUUGUUUGUUUGUCAAUAAGGGUGUGCAGGGUGAAUACAUGGUCUGUCGUACAGUAAUUUGGUAAAAAGCCAAUUUGACAUUUGCUCAGAACAUUGUUUUCACUAAGGAAAUGUAGGAGUCUGCUGUUAAUGAUAAUGCAGAGGAUUUUCCUAAGGGAGCUGUGACGCGUACUGAGUAUACGAAGAGGCAGGACGCAGACGCAGGAAUUAACAAGGUCAAGAUUUACUUAACAAUGAGCAAGAGAAAUAACAAAGAUAGAGUAAACGACACGAAGCUAAACAAUCACACUAAAUAGGGGUGGUGAUGAGAUGAUGAGGUGCAGGUGCGCUGGAGGUGAUUAGGGUGCGUUGGGUUUCCAUUCCGGUGUUGCCGAGGUGGUGCGCUCAGACCAGUGGCUCAGUAGUCCGGUGAAUCAGAGCACCAGAGGGGAGCAACGGGAGGAGACGUGACAGGAGCUGUUGAUGCAUAUCCCACGGUAGUUAUUGUGGUCGAAUUGGAUUGGGGUGAUCUGACCUUAGUUCCAAAUAUUGGGGAAGAGUUGAUGAUAAUGUUAAAGUUUAAGUAUAGCCAAUUUGAAUUUGUGGUCUGUAUAUUUUAUAAUUUCAUUUAGGAUACCAUUAACACCACAGGCCUGUUUGUAUUUUGUCUUGUAGUUCAUUCUCUCAAUCUAUCUCUCUCUCUAUUUCUCUCUCUCUCUCUCUCUCCAUCCUUCUAUCAACCAAACAUUCCCAACCAAAUAAUACUUCCAGUAAUAAGAGUUCCUACCUCCUCAUGAGCGUGUUGAACUCAGAAAAUGUGUAGAAUCAGGACAAUCUCAGACCCUUGUGAAUUAAACUUGCUGCGUCGCUGCAUGUCGGGCCCAGGAUGGAGUUUUGUGAGUGCGAUUUCCUCCCGCAGAUAUCAUGCCAUUAACUGAUAUCCACCAAGCCCCGUGGGAGACGCCAUUUUAGAUUAGUCAUGAAAUGAAGUGGUGCAUGAAGAGAGAGAGAGAGAGAGAGAGAGAGAGAGAGAGAGAGAGGGGGGGGGGGGGGGGGGGGAGGGGGGUUGAGAAAGAAGGAGAGAUUGAGAGAGAGGGAUAUAGAGGGAGGGUGAGAGUGACAGAGAGAGGGAAAGAGAGAAAGAGAGAGAGGGGGGUGGAGAGAGAAAGAGAUUGAGAUAGAGAGAUGGAUAGAGAGAAAGGGUGAGCGCAAGAGAGAGAGAUGGGGGGAGAGAGAGAGAGAGAGAGAGAGAAAAGGAGAGAGAAGGAGAGAGAGAAGGAGAGAUUGAGAGAGAGCGAGAGAGUGGGACAGAGAGCGAGAGAGAGUGAGAGAGAGCGAGAGAGAGCGAGAGAGCAGCAACCUGGGGAAAAUAUUCUGCGCAGUAACCUGAACAGCAGAUUACUGCACUUUCUCGAUGUCCUAAACAAAAGUCAAAUUGGGUUCCUACCAAAUUAUCGAACAUCAGAUCAUUUAUACUCUUCACACCUUAAUUGAUAAACAGGUGAACCAAAACAAAACAUUAAUGAAUUGGCAAAAACACUACAACAAUCAACAUCCCCCUAUCUCACUCUUAACGACACAGAUAUAAAAUGCCUCCUGUAUGCAGAUGGCCUGGUGCUGCUGUCCCCCACAAAAUAUGUUUCAUAGCAACAAUUAGAUAAUCUGCAACAGUUCUGUCAGACCUGGGCCCUGACAGUCAAUCUCAAACGACAAAAAGUAUGAUAUUCCAGAAAAGAUCCAGAUGUCAGGGAAACCGAUAUCCAUUUUUACUGGGCUCCAGGGAACUUCAACCUGGCUGUAAAUGAACUGAAAGACAAAGCAAGGAGGGCUUUCUAUGCCAUUAAAAUAUCUAUCGAAUUAGACAUAUCAAUUAGGAUCUGGUUCAAAAUAUUCAAAUCAAUAAUAUAGCCAAUUGCACUAUAUGGCAGCGAGGUGUGGGGUCUGUAAUAGCAUCCUCAGAGUACAGAGAGAAACUACAAACAAUGCAUGCAGAGCAGAAUUCCCUCUUCUGGUCAAUAUCCAAAAAAGAGCCACCAAACGCUAUAAUCAUUUUAAAACAAUUGACCCCACAUAUAAAACCCUCAAAUGCCAAGAGGUGACCAGCCAGCUGGUUCUGAGGCUCAAUUCACUAACCACUACCAACCAAACAAAGCCUCAGGACAGCACUCAGAAAAUCAGAUCCAACCAAAUUUUCACAAAGCAAAAUGAAAAAUAUAUUACCUAUUGGAGAAACCACAACAAAUCUAAGUAAACUGCAAUGCUAUAUGGCUCUAAACAGACAGUACACAGUGGCAGACUAUCUGACAACUGUAACUGAUAGAAAACUGAGGAAAAUACUAACUAUGUACAGACUCAGUGAGCACAGCCUGGCCAUAGAGACCAGUCGUCCCAGGCAAACAUGGCUGCUGAUUCUGCCCCCAGGGAGAGAUAGAGACAGAGCUGCAUUUUCUGUGAAACUGUGAUAGAUAUUUUGACAUAAGAAAUAAACUAUUUCCCCACAUUAUACAACAAUACGAAGAAUUAGAAAACUUAAAUGUUGAAGAUGAACUUAAAUACAUAAUUGGUGAAAAAAACAAAAUGCUGUGUUUUAGCAGCCAAAUUUGAGGCCUCCUGAUACAACCUGAGGGACAGUCAGGGAGAAGUAUAGUGUGAUUAUUCAUAUUUGCCUAUUCUUUAUUAUUAUUUGUUAUAAUUGCUGUUAAUAUGAGUAUCACUAUCAUUAUUAUUGCUUAAUUACAAACAGUCCAGUAUAUUCCAUUGAGAGAGAGAGAUUACCACCAUGACUUCCUUCUAUGAGUCUAUUACAGAGUCCAGUUGAUAUGAUUGAGUUUGAUGGUUUGAUUAUGUGAUUUGCACAAAUAACAGAUAAGUGAGGACUGAUAAGUGAGGACAUGAUUUUUGAAUGCAGUAUGUUUUUGUCUGUAUGUUUUGCACUCAUCUUGUUGGCAGUACCACAGACACGCACACACACUGGGAUGUUAGAGCUCUCUGUAAUGCUAUUUGUGUGUUUUAGGGUAAUCUCUUGUCUCUACAGAACGGAGUGGUGGAGUGUCACAGGAUAUUCUGUCCCCCUGCCAACUGCUCAGAGGACUCUCUCCCCGUGAAUGUGGAGGGCACCUGCUGCAAGAAAUGCCGACGUGAGUACUGUCAUCAAUCCUCGACCACAGAGUAA